ACAGUGCCAACGACAGUGGUCCGACAAACUGCGGCCCGCGGCCACUCGGGUCGAUACCAAUCACAUCGUGAACAGCUCUGGAUGUGUGACCGGUGCUCAGCUGGAAAAUCGAACAAGUGAAGCACGCCAUCCUCUUCAAGCAUGACGUUUUCAGCCAACAUGAACUCGUCAUCAGAAUCUCUUGGCGCUAAUGACGCUGCCACCGAUCCACUUGCACGGGACUCCGCACCAGUUCACGGCAGCGCCAAGUGGCACAAACGGUCUAGCUCGACUUCUGCGGAGGACACCCCGCUGGUGCCACCGGACUCCGGAGGCUACUCCACGCGACAGCGGCGCCUUCUGGUCGGCAUGAGCGUCGUCAGUGUGCUGAACGGCUCGCUGAUGGCGCUGAUGAUCCCCUUCUUUCCGGUGGAGGCUUCCCGACGAGGCGUCUCGCAGACGGCCAUCAGCGGCGUGUUCAGCUGCUUCGCGCUCACCCAGGUGGUGCUGUACCCGCUGGUCGGUCCGCUGGCGCUGCGUUUUGGCGUGACGCGCCUCUACAACGCUGGGAUCGCCGUCGCCGGCGUCUCCACUGUGGCGUUCGGGCUCAUCUUCUACAUCCCGGGCAGCACCGGCUUCAUCGCGGCGUGCUUCGUGGCGCGGAUGGUGGAAGCAGCCGGCACGGCGGCCGUCUCGGCCUGCUCCUUCACCAUCAUCGGCAACCAGUUCGCCGAGCGGACCAGCUCGGUGGUAGCGAUGGUGUCGGCCGCCCAGUCGGUCGGCCUCUCCGUGGCCCCGGCCGUCGGCGGCGGUCUGUACGCGGCGGCCGGCUUCGGACUGCCGUUCUACGUCCUGGGCGCCGCCAUGAUUGUCACAGCGCUCAUCAACGCCCAGUUCAUGCCAGCCGUAGUGAAGCAGGACGACGCCCCCGUGAAUCUGCUCCGCACAGUCCGCCUAUUCAUCGGCUCAUACGAGAACUGGCUGUGCAUGGUGAUCGUCUUCAGCUAUACACUGGCGUUCGUCACCUUCGCAUCGUGCGCGGCGCCUUACGCUGACGCCGUGCUGGGCAUCACGCCGGCAACUCUCGGCCUCUACUUCACGGUGGCGGCUGGCUCGUACGUUGUCACCAGCUUCCUGUGGGCGUGGCUGGCCGAGCGUGCCGCAAACCCGUACCCGGUGAUGGCGCUCUGCGUGCUGAUCGUGGUCGGCAGCCAGCUGCUGAUCCCACCAGCCCCGUGGCUCGGCCUUCAGCCGCGCUGGUGGCUCUUCGGCCUAGGCAUGACGCUCCAGGAGGCGUUCUACGGCGGUGCCUACAUCCCCUGCUUCCAGCUGAUGAUGGCCGCCACGCUGCGCACCGGACUGCCCGACGACCUGCGCACGCAUGCCUUCAUCUCCGGCGUCUACUGGAGCAUGUACUCGCUGGGUACCGUUGUUGGCCCAUUGGUAGGCGGCGUGCUGGUCGACGCUUUCGGCUUCCCACUGAUGAUGACGGUCAUGGCGGGGGAGACUCUGCUGGUUAUGUUGUUGACCACUGCCCAGGCUGUUGUUCGUGCAUGUCAUUAAGUCACUGUCAAGUGUGCGUUUGGUUUGAAAGCAAUUCAUCAGAACGUACUCUACCUGUAAAAGUCGUGAAUUGACGGAUGCUUUUGAUGCUUAGAACGUGUUUGGUUAAGGGAUGUAGAAUGGAUGCCUACUGAUUUAGAGCUAUUGUAGGCAUGGGAUAUGAAGUUUAUCAAGCGCAAGAUCAAGAGUGUUGCAUUCACUGUUUGACUUCAAUCUGUAUGUAGACAUACACAAACAUUCGGCUUAGGUUUAGGCGCUAUAUCUUAGCUUUUGUGAGUUUUGAAUCGAGUCGGCUGAUGGACUGUCAUGGGUCGGCGAACCGGCAAAUGCGGUGAUAGAGGGAAUGGGAAAUAAGAGAUGGAGAUAAACAGACGAAAUUCAAACGACUGCGCAUGUUUUUCGUGCGUGUUCGCCAAUUUAGGGGAAUUUGGGUAUUAUCGGACGGGUAGCUUCAAGCCAUCGUAACAUGGAGGUUAUCAUUUUUAUUUAAAUUGGAGACAUUCAAAUAUAUGUACAAAACUUUG